CUGGAAGUUAACAUUAAAUUGUGUGGAAGUUCGUAUUAAAAGGCAGUGAAAAUGAUUAAAUAUUUAAUUUCUCCAUUAGCAGUGAUUAUCUUGAUAAUUCCUCUAAUACAAAAUGGAAAUUCUCUCUCCAUCGUACAAUGCCCGUACGGAAAUUCAGAAUGUCUCGUGAAAAUGUAUGAUUCAUUAAUAAGAGAGUUAGCCGAUGGGAAUGAAGAAUACAACAUAUCACCACUUGAUCCAAUUUUUAUUGAAGAAUUAGUGUUUAAAACUCAACUUGGUGGACCUUUGGAUGUACAGUGUGUCUUUAAGAAUGCUAAUUACUAUGGAUUUAGAAAUAGUACAACCAAAAAAUUCAAAGGAUUUCCCAAGGACUUUGAUGGAGUAGAUAAUGAGAUAUAUCUCUACACGCCAAAAUUCAUUUUAUCCGGAAACUAUGUAGUCAAUGGAACUUUCAUCGGCACCCCAAUGAUGAUAGCUGGCUUUAGUACAGUAACAUUCUUGAAUGUAAAUACACGACUGAGGUUUAUAAGCAGGAAAAUUGAGAAAAAUGGAGAUAUAUUUGCAAAGGUGGAAAAAAUGCGAUUAGCUGUUAAAUUUGAUCGAAUGAUUGUGAAGCAUAACGUAUCUGAUCCAUCGUAUAAACUUAUUGCCGAUGUUGCUGUUGAAUAUAUAAAUGCAAACUGGAAGGAUUUAUUUAAUUCAAUUAAGGAAUCAGCUUAUAAAGCAUUUGGAAAAAUUUGGGAAGAUAUUUUUAAUCAAAUCACAACGAAAAUUCCAUACAAAAAUUUCUUCAAAAUGGAUAAGAUGGACAAGGAAAUCGACGAUAAAAUCACGAGAAUGAGAGGAGAAAAGGAGGCGUUCCAGAGUGAAUACAAGAAGGUUGAGGACCUCCUGGAUGUGCUCCAGGAGGAGCUGGAUAAAGCUCAUCUCACGGAGAGAUUUUUUGCAGCUUUUAGUUUGGAAAAAUGUGACUAUGGUGACUCAAAAUGUAUUAUAAAACUGCUACAGUCCUUCAUUGAUAAUUUCUGGGAUGGAAAGAAAGAAAUUGAACUGCCACACCUUGAUCCUCUUAAGAUCAAAAAUGCCACAUUGGUGCAGGAAGGAAGAGGCGCCAUUAACUUUGUACUGCAAUUCAGAGACUUUGAUUUUAUUGGAUAUCGUGACUCCAAGAUUCUUGAUGCACGUGGGUGGCCUGAAAAUUUCGAUGGAACAAUUGCGGAAAUGUCUGUGAAAGCUCCAAAAUUCACCCUCAUCGGACCCUAUACGAUCAAUGGGAACCUCCUUCUUCUCCCAAUUCAAGGAUCAGGCACAUCCAAUGUUACGCUAAAUAAUCUUGUGGGAAGAAUGAAGUUUAGACUGAAGAAAGUAAUCAAGGACGGUGAGGUUUAUGCAUCAGCGGAAAAGCUAAAGUUAAACAUCAACAUUUCACGAAUGUACAUGGAGUUUGAGAAUCUUUUCAAUGGGAAUCCCGAGCUGGAGCAGUAUGCAAAGCAAUUUUUAAACGAAAACUGGAAGCUCGUCUUUGAGGACAUUAAGCCAUCAGCCAUGAAGACAUUUGGACAAAUCUGGCAAGAUAUUCUCAAUCAUGUCUUGAGUCGAAUACCCGUCAAGGAAUUUUUCAACUCAUCUUAAUUUUUAACUAACAAAAAAUGAACUUUUUGUGAAAUUAUUUUGAUCAUCUAAAAUUUUUUAUACCUUUACAAAAAAUAUUCGAUUUAAGGCAAUAUUUCUGUGAAAAUGUAAAAUAAAAUUUUUAAGAUUA